AUGUCCCGCCAGCUGCUCGUUCUGUGCGCCCUGCUCGUCGUCGUCGUCACCCUCAAGUGCUAUACCGACGAGAGGCAGACUCAAGCAGAAUGCCCCGCCGGGUCGAAAUGCCUGAUGAUGCGCACCGCCACGCCGCUUCGCGGGGUCGUCCGCGGCUGCCAGCCCGACUGCAAGGAAGUCGCCGGCGGGUCGUUGACGUUCGCGGAGCGCAACUACGCGGGCGACGCGUACUGCUGCGAUUCGGAUCUGUGCAACGGUUCGCCCGCCCAUCCGCCACUCAUCAUCACCAUCCUCGCCAUUGCCAUCAUCGCCCUGAUCUAU